AUGCAUCCACCACGAUUAGUACUGAUAUGGGAUAUAUUGAUUAUUGGCACGCUGUACCUUUUGCAAGGUGUUCUACAAGGCUUCGGACAAUCCAUGCCACUUUAUCUCGCUUCGCAUAAAGCAUCGUGGAAACAGCAAGGAAUAUUUAGUUUGGUUUCGUAUCCAUAUAGUUUUAAAAUACUUUGGGCACCUGUGCUUGAUUCAGUUUAUAGUCGUCGAUUUGGACGUCAUCAAACGUGGCUAGUACCUACUCAAUUUCUUAUCGGUGUGAUACUAUUCAUCCUAGGGUUUUAUUUGGAAUUUCUUCUGAAAAACUCAUGUGUUGUUGAAUUAACAAUCAUCUUCUUCUUCACAUGCCUUCUUAUGUCCAUUCAAGAUGUUGUUGUCGAUGGGUGGGCCGUGUCACUGUUUAAAAACAUCAACCCCCAAUGGGCAUCCACAUGUCAGAGCAUCGGUCAAACUCUUGGAGCGUUCAUUGGCUCGACUGUACUGCUAAUACUUGAAUCAUCGACUUUUACAAAUAAGUUUAUUCGCAAACCUCUCUCGUUACCUGAUCAACCACAUGGGUUAUUUUCUCUUCGGCAAUUUACAUUGUUCUGGGCUGUAGCAUUUCUCAUCGUCGGUACGUUGCUCCUGCUAAUGUCGCUUUGUAACAGACGUACGAAUAAAGUCAUCGAUCAAGUUAAAGAAAAAGAACCGGAAGCCAAAUUGACAAUUCUACAAACAUAUGUCGAUGUGUGGAGACUUUUGAAAAAACGAUGUAUGCACAAAUUAAUUCUGAUCACAACCACAUUUGGAAUCGGCUUUGCUGCGACUUCUUCGAUGACUGAUUUAGCAUUAAUAAAAUAUGGCACCACUCGUGAUACACUGGCUCUCAUAAGCGUACCGUUGAUUGCAAUUCGUAUCGUUACGCCCGUAUGUCUGAGAAAAACACGGCGUCCCCUUGUAUGGUUUACCAGAGCAUACAUUCCACGUCUGACUGCCGGCCUUAUUCUGACGAUAUACAUCUUCUUUACACCCCAACUUUUGCAUACGUCAGCUUUUUAUCCUGGUCUAAUCUUGUUCCUGGCCCUGCAUGAUACAGUGGUUUGUCUUAUGUCAGUCUCAUUGUUUGGCUUUUUCGCACAUGUUAGUGAACCGCGUAUUGGCGGAACUUAUAUGACUCUAUUAGCAACACUACACAAUCUUGGGAACGCUCUGUCGUCAACAGUGGUACUUUAUAGUGCAGAAUGGCUACCUAAGUCGUAUUCAUACUCAAUUGAAGUAGGUGUCUGCGCUAUCUUGGGCUUAAUCUGGAUUGCAUCAAUGUGGCGAAUGGUUCGAGGAUUAGGUGAAUUACCUGUCAAUGAUUGGUAUUUGAAACCAGAGAAAACAGAUACUCCAGUCGCAGAGAAGGGUAUUUCAAAUUUGUACAUCAUUGAUGAAGACAUCAUUGUGUCCACAUCGAACGUUUAG